UUCCAAUCAAUCAACCAUGGCUUUCAAGUCGGUACUCGUUUCUGCCCUGGCAACCCUGAGCUAUGCCUCUCCUCUCCUCCACCUCCGAAGCAACAAUGAUACAACAUUCGUCUUCACCAACUCCAAUGGCCUCAAUUUCACCCAAAUGAACACCACCCUUCCUAAUGUGACUAUCUUCGCAACGGGAGGAACAAUCGCCGGUUCUGGCUCGAGCUCGACUGCCACCACCGGGUAUACAGCCGGCGCAGUGGGCGUGCUGAGCCUUAUCGACGCCGUCCCUGGUAUGCUUGACGUGGCCAACGUCGCUGGUGUUCAGGUCGCCAAUGUAGGCAGUGAAGAUGUCACUUCGGAUAUUCUCAUCUCCAUGUCGAAGAAGAUCAAUCGUCUUGUCUGUGAUGAUCCCACCAUGGCCGGUGCGGUUGUUACUCAUGGCACAGAUACACUCGAAGAAACCGCCUUCUUCCUCGAUGCAACCAUCAACUGCGGCAAGCCUGUUAUUAUCGUCGGAGCCAUGAGACCUUCCACUGCUAUCUCUGCAGACGGACCAUUCAACCUUCUCGAAGCUGUGACAGUGGCUUCCUCGCCUAAAGCCAAAAACCGUGGUGCCAUGGUUGUCAUGAAUGACCGUAUCGCUUCAGCAUACUAUGUCACCAAGACCAACGCCAACACCAUGGAUACCUUCAAAGCCAUUGAGAUGGGAUACCUUGGCGAGAUGAUCUCUAAUACGCCUUUCUUCUUUUAUCCUCCUGUGAAGCCUACCGGCAAGGUGCCGUUUGAUAUCAGCAAUGUCACCGAGAUUCCGCGCGUGGAUAUCCUUUUCUCAUAUGAGGAUAUGCACAAUGACACCCUGUACAAUGCUGUCGACAGCGGUGCCAAGGGUAUUGUGAUCGCUGGAGCCGGCGCAGGAGGUGUGACAACCUCAUUCAACUACGCCAUCGAAGACGUUAUCAAUCGUUUCGACAUCCCCAUCGUGCAGAGCAUGCGGACUGUCAGUGGUGAAGUGCCCCUCUCUGAUGUUAGCAGUGACACUGCCACGCGCAUCGCGAGUGGGUAUCUGAAUCCGCAGAAGUCGAGGAUUCUGCUCGGACUGCUGCUGGCCAAGGGAAGGAAUGUUACCCAGAUUGCGGAUGUUUUUGCCCUGGGGACUAAUGCUUAGAUGGCGUGGAUGGCCUCAAGGUGGUUAUGUAUUUAUGAGAGUAUACAAUAAGUUAAU